AUGCUGAAAGAUUGCAUUAGAUUGGAAAGGGUUGGUGACACCAUUGGACUUCUCACUAAUCUUGUUUUCCUGAAUUUUCAAGAUUGCAAGAGCCUUGGGAAUCUUCCAGGAAGUGUUGGUGGUCUAAGAACGCUGGAGAAGCUAAAUAUGUCGGGCUGCUCAAAACUUGAAGAGAUGCCCGAGUCCAUUGGACUUCUAACUCACCUUAUUCUGUUGAAUUUGCAAAACUGUGAGAAACUUCAGAACCUUCCAGGAAGCAUUGGCAAUCUAAAAUCACUUCAGGAGCUAAACAUGUCAGGCUGCUCCAAACUUGAGCAGUUGCCCGAGUCCACUGGAUUUCUAACAUGCCUCAUUUCAUUGAAUUUGCAUGAUUGCGAGAACCUUAAGAGUCUUCCAGGGAGCAUUGGUGAUCUAAACUCACUUGAGAAGCUAGACAUGUCAGGCUGCUCAAAACUUGAUGAUUUGCCAGAAUCCACUGGACAUUUUAAUUCCCUUGUUUUCUGGAAUUUGCAAGAUUGCAAGAAUCUUAAGAAUUUCCCUGCCAAAAUUUUUGGUCUAAGAUCACUGAAGGAGUUAAACAUGUCAGGCUGCUCAAAACUCAAGGAACUGCCUGAGGACCUGGGGGAGUUGAAAUCCUUGGUUGUUCUUAAUCUUGAUGGAACUGGAAUAAACAUCCUACCUGAAACAAUUAGAAAUAUGAAAAAUCUUGAAAUUUUGUCUUUAUGUGAAUGUCCUCUUAUCUUUUCACCCGAAAACUGUCCUCAGAUCAUCAGCAUUUAA